UGUAAAUAUACACGUGCUACCCAGUUUCUUCAGAUUUGACGCGUGGUUAUUGUACGCAAUUGUCAUCCUUAGCAGUGAAUCCGAAAUUCCUCCGCGCUUUCUCUGAUAAAAUUUCACAAUUUCUUAAUUUAUGCUCUUGCCAAUUACUUAAUUUCUGCUCUUGCGGUCCAUCUCUUUUGCUGUUUUCUGGUACUAUUAAGUUUUGCUUUGUUUCUUUGUGGAACUAUCCGAUUGCUACUGUUGAAGUCCUGAGAAACACAUGGGGUCAUGGUUGAACUUCUGGGGAAAAGGAAUAGGCAAAUGAUUGAUAUGCAAGGGCUUGGAACUUGCAGUGGAAAGCGUGGAGCAUGAUGCAAGUGCAGACAUUUGGAGCCUUGGUAUCCUAUGCUUUGAGUUUCUGUACGGGAUGCCUUCAUUUGAAGCAAAGGAACACUCAGACACAUAUAAAAGUAUUCAAGUGUAUUCUCACAAUGUUGAUCAGACACCCUGGAAGUUGAGUACUAGAGGUUUAGCAAAAAAUAUGGCAUUGGAGAAGAGAACAAAAUCUCGUCAUGACAAGUUCAAAGAAACCCAAGUUGAGAAAUCAUUGAAGGAAACGAGACUUCCCAUUGCGAAAAAGAGGAAAAAAUAUAUUUCUGAAGCUUCAUCUGUCAAGUGGAAGGAGGUUGAAGCAAGUAAAAGCUCGGACACACUGGAAGAAAAGGGAAUUAAGCUGUUUGUGAAAAAACAGCCUAUAUUUGCACCGCAUAUCAGUGUAUAUACUAACACUGACAUAGUCUCCGAGCUAAAAGAAAAUCUUACUUCAGAGCAGUACAAACAACUGGGUAAUACUUGUUUUGGAAAUUUCCUUCAAAUGAAGCGUUGUGAAUUCCAGCAUCAACUCUUCAGAUGCUUCAUGGCUCUCCAGUUAGAAGGAAGUCCUGAUAAUGUAUUUGCAAUACACGUCAAUGGUACUUCAUUAUCUUUCUCAAUAAGGGAGUUUGCGCUUGUGACUGGCCUCAAAUGUGUUGGUAACCCUGCUAAUUUUGAGUUCAAUGAUGUCACGACCCCAUUUCACCCUCCAUGA